CUAAAAACAAAAACGCCGAAUCAGCAGUAUAUUUUAAAUGGGCACGCGACAUUCUCUGCAGCGUUUCGGACUGUACGAGGUAAAAUACCAAACUAUAUGACGGAAUUACCCUAACGUCUCUUUCCGGAAUGGCCUUCACCAUUCCUUGUCAUACAGAAUUUCAGCAACGUUAAUUGCUGUAAAUUUACACCUCACCUGCAUGCUGUCCCCCUCAAACUCUGCCUUUCUUCUCUCGUCUUCCGACAGAAAGUAGGUUUGAAAACAAAACUACAAUUAUACCAAUUUUGUCACUCGCGCAAAACAUUUCGUUCAAAUAGUGUGCAGUUCAGGUACUGGGUUCGAAUCCAGGUGAAGAUGAGCGUCAUAGACAUCUUAACUCGCGUGGACGCAAUUUGCCAAAAAUACGACAAAUAUGACAUAGAAAAACACAAAGAGCAGCAAAUUUCUGGAGGCGAUGCCUUCUCCAGGCUUUACUCCGUUGUUGACAGGGAUGUCGAUGCGGCUCUUCAAAAAGCAAACGAUGCAGCAAACGAGAAGAACAGGGCAGCGGUUGUAACUAUAAAUGCGGAAAUACGAAGGACGAAAGCCAGAUUAAGGGAGGAAAUACCAAAAUUACAGAGGCUUGCGCAGAAAAGGGUUAAAGGUCUGCCUAGUGAUGAGCUUGAUGCACGAAGUGAUCUAGUCCUGGCAUUGGCAGAGAGGAUUGAGUCAGUUCCAGAUGGAAUGGGGACAGGUGGAAGACAGACAGGAAACUGGAGGACCUCAAAUACUCGAAUGGAAAUUAAGAUUGAUUCUUCACCUACAGUAGGUGAUAUGCGAAGUGAAUAUUAUGAAAUGACUGAGGAAGCCAAGCAAUUCAGGCAGGAAUAUGAUGUGCGAAAAGCAAAACAGGACCAAGACUUGGAUGUGAUUGGAGAGGGGCUUGAUACUUUGAAAAACAUGGCAGAAGAUAUAAAUGAGGAAAUAGACAGGCAGGUUCCUUUGAUGGAUGAGAUAGAUUCAAAGGUUGACCAAGCAACCAGUAGCCUCAAGAGCACAAAUGUCAGGUUGAAAGAAACAGUCACAAAGCUGCGCUCGAGUCGCAAUUUUUGUAUUGAUAUUAUCCUUCUUUGCAUAAUACUUGGAAUCGCUGCAUAUUUAUAUAAUGUCUUGAAGAAGUAGAGCCAGAAUGCAGUAAGUGAUAUUUGGAGAGAGCAUACAUGUAUCAAUCAGACUUCUUGUGACAUAAGGUGUUUUAAUUGUACUGAUAGCAUCCAGAGAUUUUCAUUUCCUCCUAUAUUUUCUGUCUCUGUAUAUGUAUUGACGGCCUUUUUUAUUCUGACAUUUUCCUGUUUUCAACAUUUUACCUUGAGUGAGCUUAUUUACCAACAGUUAGGUUUGAGAUGAAAUAGAAAACUGUAUCUUUCUUUC